AUGGGGAAUGCAGCUAGUAAUAUAAGAAAGGACCCGAUCAUUGCUAAAUCAAAUCCAAGCGCCCCUGGGGUUCUAAGGCUAUACAACCUUGAGGACCAUGUGUUCCCAUAUAAAGUGUCGAAGUCUUUGGAGACUUAUCCAAGUGUUCAUCUAGCAAGCUCACUUGCCAGCUUUGAAAAACUGGCUUUAAAGCACCUUCCUCUGUCUCCCAGGCCAGAAGAGAUAACGGGAAAGGAAGCAGACAUAUACCAUAAUGUUGUUAACAGGGAGGAAACUGCCCGGGAAAUAUUAGCUAGCGGGGAGAGAAUGACUGUAAUACGCCACAACCUAAAAGAAGACAAAAAUCAGGUGUAUAUGUGCAGACAGUUUGUUGUGGAGAUAACGGAAGGCAUAGGAGAAAUCCAGGACUUGAAGGUUUUACAGGCAUGCUGUAAUUAUCUAACAAGACUUCCGCAGCAAAUAGGAUGUUUAACAAAUCUUAAGGUCUUGGUACUUUCAAAAAACAGAAUCCAAAAGCUACCUGAUGAAAUCGGGCAGCUUAAGAACCUUAGAGAGCUCAAUCUGUCUCAGAACUUGCUGGUCACCCUUCCAAGAGGAAUCUCAGCACUGAAAGCCCUCAACGCACUCCAUAUAGACGAUAAUUUAUUUACUGUUCUUCCUCCAGUGAUAGGAAGGCUUUAUGGGCUGAAAUACUUAAAUAUCUCCAAUAACAAGAUUCAAAACAUCCCUCUGGAAAUUCUGAAGCUUCCUUUUCUGAUAGAGCUAACGGCCUCAUCCUGUGACUUUACUUCUAAGGACUCGAUUGAAUGCAUCGGAGACAUCACGCUCAAGGAAACCUGCUCCAGGCAUUUGGUAAGAAACAAUCUGAGAGUCCGAAGGAAUAUACAUAGGUCACUCAUAGGAUAUCUCCUGUCUGUACAAGAGUGUUCAUUCUGCGGAGGGCCUCUCUUUGAACAUUAUUAUCUUCACAAAAGCACGCAGACAUUUGACUCAGAAAGGUUUCCAAUUGCUUACAAAUUAUGUGUUAAACAUUAUGUUAGACAUGAAGACAGAAUAGCAACACUAUUCCUGGGCCCCUUGAAGACCUAUCCGCAAAGACUCAUAAAGUCUAACAUGCCUUUUGUAAGCGAGCUAUUUAAUCACUUUGGAUACAAUGAUGAGCAGAAAAGAAUACUCGAGCAGGGAUGGAAUAGUGAAGAAGGCAAGAUGCCUCUCAUUUGCCUUUCAAAGUAUGCUAGGAUGCACGACGAAGAGGGUUAG